CUCUCAGCCAGCUGGUUCCCGAGCGCUUUCCCGGUGACCCCGCAGUGGGUGUGUAAGGAGGACGGACAUACUGACCAGACGCCGACCGGGACCAGAGGAAGCCAGCUAGCACCAUGCGUGAGAUCGUGCACAUCCAGGCUGGCCAGUGCGGCAACCAGAUCGGAGCCAAGUUUUGGGAGGUCAUCAGUGAUGAGCAUGGCAUCGACCCCACCGGCAGUUACCAUGGAGACAGUGACUUGCAGCUGGAGAGGAUCAAUGUGUACUACAAUGAAGCCGCUGGUAACAAGUAUGUGCCUCGGGCCAUCCUGGUGGACCUGGAGCCGGGCACCAUGGACUCGGUCAGGUCUGGACCCUUCGGCCAGAUCUUCAGGCCCGACAACUUCGUGUUCGGCCAGAGUGGUGCCGGGAACAACUGGGCCAAGGGCCACUACACGGAGGGCGCUGAGCUGGUGGACUCGGUCCUGGACGUGGUGAGGAAGGAGUCCGAGAGCUGUGACUGUCUGCAGGGCUUCCAGUUGACCCACUCACUGGGGGGCGGCACGGGGUCGGGGAUGGGGACCCUCCUCAUCAGCAAGAUCCGGGAGGAGUACCCCGACCGCAUCAUGAACACCUUCAGCGUGAUGCCCUCGCCCAAGGUGUCGGACACUGUGGUCGAGCCCUACAACGCCACCCUCUCCGUGCACCAGCUGGUGGAGAACACGGACGAGACGUACUCCAUUGACAAUGAGGCGCUGUAUGACAUCUGCUUCCGCACCCUGAAACUGACCACGCCCACCUACGGGGACCUCAACCACCUGGUGUCGGCCACCAUGAGCGGCGUCACCACCUGCCUGCGCUUCCCGGGCCAGCUCAAC